AUGGACACCCCCACGGCGAAGGCGUCGUGGAACGCCAACUACGGCGUCGUCGGCAGCGGGGACCGUCGCCUCGCCUUCUCCCGCCAGCUCUCCUCCAACGCCAUCACGCCGCGCCUUGCCCGCUCCGACUCCUCCAUCUCCAUGCCCAUCCCCCUUCCCCUUCCCUCGGUCUACGAGGGGCCCAAGCCCAGCAGGAAGCUCCUCCGCCUCGCCACGGCCAGCCGCCCCAUGCGCCGCCUCGCCCUCCUCCUCGCCCUCAACGUCGCCUACUCUGCCACCGAGUUCGCCAUCGGCCUCUUCACCGGACGCGUAGGCUUAGUCUCAGAUGCUUUCCAUCUCACCUUUGGAUGCGGCUUGUUAACUUUCUCAUUGUUCGCUAUGGCUGCAUCUCGAACCAAGCCUGACAACCUCUACACUUACGGGUACAAGAGAUUGGAGGUUCUGGCUGCCUUUACAAAUGCUCUGUUUCUAUUGUUCCUGUCUUUCUCCUUGGCUGUUGAAGCAUUGCAUGCUUUUAUGCAAGAUGAAUCGGAGCACAAGCAUUAUCUCAUUGUUUCUGCUGUCACCAAUCUUUUGGUUAAUUUACUUGGUGUUUGGUUCUUUCGGAGCUACGCUCGUGUUAACAUAGUUUACAGGAAUGCAGAGGAUAUGAACUACCACUCGGUCUGUUUGCAUGUGCUGGCAGAUUCGAUACGGAGUGCAGGAUUGAUACUAGCUUCUUGGUUUCUUUCAUUGGGGGUUGAGAAUGCUGAAGUUCUGUGCCUGGGAAUUGUCUCGGUGGCAGUUUUUAUGCUGGUUCUGCCGUUAUUUAAAGCCACCGGUAAUAUCCUACUGCAAAUUGCACCUAGCAAUGUGCCACCUUCAGCAUUUACAAAGUGCUCCAGACAGAUUGCUGCUUGUGAAGAUGUCUCCGAACUAUGGCAAGGUCGAUUCUGGGAGCUUGUUCCUGGUCAGGCAGUUGGAUCUGUCUCCAUCAGGGUGAAGAGCGGCGCAGACGACCGGGCAGUCCUUGAAUACACGCAUGGUCUGUAUCAGGAUUUGGGCAUACAGGAUCUGACCGUCCAUACUGAUGAGUCGUAG